AUGACUACCUCUGUUGUGUUUGUGUUGGUCAUUCUCUUGGGUCUUCAAUAUGUGGCUUCCCUUGAGUUCGACGUGGGUGGCCCUAAGGGGUGGGUUGUUCCGCCUUCUAAUGACACCAACAUCUACAAUAUCUGGGCUUCUCACAACAGGUUCCAAGUUGGUGACUCCAUCCGUUUCAGGUACAGGAAGGACUCAGUGAUGCAGGUGGGUGAGGAAGAUUACAAGAGAUGCAACUCAACUCACCCAACCUUCUUCUCCAACAUUGGCAACACUGAGUUCAAGUUCCAACACUCCGGGACAUUCUACUUCAUCAGCGGCGCCACCGGGCACUGUGAGAAAGGACAGAAGAUGGCUAUCAGGGUUCUGGUUCCAGAUGACCAUGACAAGUCUCAUGGGUACCAUGAUGCAGUUACACCCUUUGCUGGUGUUUCUGGAAUAAUAAUAACCCUCUUGUUCCUUCCCUUUGUUUUGGCCUCUGAUGCUUUUCGUUCCUAUAUGUAA